CUUUGACUCUGUUUUUAUCUAUUCUAUCUCACACCCAGCAAGAGAAGGAACUGUACUAACUGUCCAGAAGACAAUGACGAACGGAUCUUGUCAAGGUAUCAGAUUUGACUUUACAGGCAGAUUCCUGCCUCCUGUUUACAUCUUAGUCUUCAUCAUUGGUCUGGUAGCUAAUGGAUGGGGAUUGAAGUCUUUGUUGCAGAAAUGGAAGAAACUGGGUAUCGUUAAUGUGUUUGUUCUCAACCUCGGACUUGCUGAUAUUCUGUACCUGCUCACAGUCCCCUUUUUGGUGGUGUACUACUUUAUGGAGAGCAAGUGGAUCUUUGGAGACACAUUGUGCAAGAGGCAGGAGGAGGGUUGUGCUCUUAGCCUGAAAUGACAACUGAGCAGCAGAGAGAGACAGGUUCAGAACAGGGAUGUCAUUCUGUGAUGGCUCGUGAAAUUCAAGGCCACUUCUGAUUGGUUAACAUGAAAGUGAACGCCUCUAACAGCUGUUCAGAUUAGAAGAGAGAGAAAAGUGAUUAGGUUUAGAAGUCUUCCUGCAAGAAUUUACACUAAGCUCUAUUAACAAAUCUACCCGUCUUGGAAGACCACAUUUAAAUGUUCAGUUUAAUCGUGAAUCAUGAUAAGAUUCUGAGAAUAACGGAACUUCUACAGGAAGCGAUUUAAAAAAAUAAAUUGCCCCACUUCCUUUUGGGCACCAUAUCUUACCAUUUUAUCAUUGCACCUACUCCUCUUACCAAGAUGAGUAGGUGAUAAGAUUCUAAGAAUAAUGCAAAUUCCACAGGAUAUGACCUCUAAAGACAUAUUUUCUCAUUCACUUUAACUGUUCUCUGCACCAUAGCGCACUUGCUUCAAAGUAUUUGCGGCUUUUAGGGAGACAGAAUGAACAACACCUCUUGUCAUCACAUCAGCUUUGAGUUUACAGGCAGAUUCCUGCCUCCUGUUUACAUCUUAGUCUUCAUCAUUGGUCUGGUAGCUAAUGGAUGGGGAUUGAAGUCUUUGCUGCAGAAAUGGAAGAAACUAAAGAUCAUCAAUGUUUUUGUUCUCAAUCUCGGACUUGCUGAUAUUCUGUACCUGUUCACACUCCCAUUGUUGACGGUGUACCAUGUUUUAAAUAGUAAAUGGAACUUUGGAGACACAUUGUGCAAGAUAACAAGAUUCUGCUUCAACCUGAAUUUAUAUGGCAGCAUCGGAUUCCUUACUUGUUUAAGUGUGUACAGGUACCUGGCUAUUGUCCAUCCAAUGAGAGUGAUGGGAAGAAUAACUGUCACUCACUCUGUGGGGAUCUCAGUCAUGGCUUGGUUUUUAGUCAGCGUUCAAAGUCUUCCAGACAUGUUCUACCUCAAAACAUUUGGAAAUAACACUGAGCAAUGCUUCGAGACCACCUCUCACAUCUAUGUGGAUGAUUACCUGAAAUACAGCCUUGGAUGGACAUUCACUGGGUUUUGUAUCCCAUUGCUCAUCACACUGGGCUGCUAUGGACAUGUGAUUGUCGUUCUCUGCCGCACAAAUACCACUGACAAGGUACUGAAACAGAGAUGCUUGAAGUUAUUGUUCAUCGUGAUUCUUCUCUUCUCUUUUUGCUACAUCCCCUAUCAUGUACUGAAGAACCUCAACCUCUGGUCAAGAGUUCUGCAAAAACAGAAGAUAUGCCGUGAAUGGUCUAAUGGAGUCUACAUUGCUCAUCAGAUAAGUCGUGGCCUUGUGUGUCUGAACAGUGCUCUCAACCCUCUGGUUUACCUCCAUGGAAAUUAAGAUACUCCUGCUCAGCUCAGACGACGACUGCAGCAAGCUCGUAAAGCUGUCAUGCGUCUCACCCCUAGUCAAGUUCCACUGGUUGAAUUGUCUAAUAUGUGAAUGAAAUUGAAUUAUUGUAUUGCAUCAUCUUGUUCUGGGUCAAGGUUUUUAUCUGUUAUGAUCAUAUUGCUAUUAACAUGCUCAAAAAGGCUCAGAUUAAAAAAAGAAAUUAAUUCAUUAUUAUUAUAAUUUGAAAAUGUCACUGUUCACUUUCAGAAAGGUUUGCUGAGAGAACAGGACCAUGUUUUGUGAUCGGGGGCUCAGUGCUAUGCAUGAUUUCUUUGGAUUGAAACAGGAAGUUCAUAGUGUGAACGUGUAAAAAUAAACAGUGUAAAAAUGCAAACCGUAUGAGCUUCACUGACUGCAACUGCACAUUAAAGGGAAAGGAAGGAAGAAUAACGAAAAGAAUAGCAGCAGAUUCAUGUGUCAAUAUUGGUAUGAUCAAGCACAAUGUCAAAACAACACAGAUUAACAGCUAUCAGCAUAGCUGUGCAAAAUCCCUCCAACUAUAGUGAUCUUACUUACUUGAUAAAGCAUGGGUUGAGGAAAACAGUAUUGUACAACAAAUUCAAUGAUGGUGGUUACAAAUCAGGAAAAGAUAAGAUACCAUAAACAAGAGUUAGACCAAAUGUUGUAACAAGACAAAGAGUCUAC